CCAGGUGCCUGCUCUGCUGUGACCAUGCCUGUGACCUUUGCCCUCUUGUUCCUCCUAAGCUGGGCCACUGCGGACCCAUGCUACGAUCCAGGGGGCCGCCCCCGCUUCUGCCUCCCACCAGUGACCCAGCUGGCUGGCCUGGCAGCCUCCUGCCCUCAGACCUGUGCCCUCUCCCUGGGCACCGGCCUCGGCCCUGGGGCCACCUGCAACGGUAGCCUGACCCUAGCCCUGGGCAGCCCCUUCCUCCUGACAUCUGUCAGCCUGCGCUUCUGCACCCCAGGACCCCCAGCCCUAGUCCUGUCUGCCGCCUGGGCUGCCAGGGGUCCCUGGAGGCUGCUGUGGCGUAGGCCUGCCUGGCCCGGUGCCUUGGGAGGCUCUGAGAGGGUAACCUUUCGCUCCCCACUGGGCUCUAAAGUCAGUGUGGUGGCCAGCCACCUGCGUGUGGAGUUUGGAGGCCAGGCAGGACUGGCAGCCGCUGGGGUGAGAGGUCGCUGCCAGUGCCAUGGCCAUGCCGCCCACUGCACUGCCCGUGCCCAGCCUCCCCGCUGUCGCUGCCGCCACCACACCACUGGCCCAGGGUGCGAGAGCUGCCGCCCAUCUCAUCGUGACUGGCCCUGGCGGCCUGCCACACCCCGACACCCCCACCCUUGCCUGCCCUGUUCCUGCAACCAGCAUGCCCGACGCUGCCGGUUCAACUCUGAGUUGUUCAGGCUGUCGGGUGGCCGGAGUGGGGGUGUUUGUGAGCGCUGCCGCCACCACACAGCUGGACGGCACUGCCACUACUGCCGGCCAGGGUUCUGGAGGGACCCCAGCCAAUCUAUCACCAGCCGCAAGGCCUGCAGGGCUUGCCAGUGCCACCCUAUUGGGGCAACAGGAGGCACCUGCAACCAGACCAGUGGGCAGUGCUCCUGCAAGUUAGGGGUCACGGGACUGACGUGUAACCGCUGUGGUCCUGGCUACCAGCAGAGCCGCUCUCCCAGGAUGCCCUGCCAGCGAAUUCCAGAGGCAACAACCACCCUUGCUAGUACCCCUGGUGUUUAUAGCUCUGACCCUCAGUGUCAAAACUACUGCAAUAUCUCGGACACCAGGGUACACAUGAGCCUUCGGAGGUACUGCCAGCAGGAAUACGUUCUCCGCGCGCAGGUGCUGGCGUCAGAGGCGGCGGGCCAGGCGUGGUGGCGGCUGGCCGUGCGUGUGCUGGCCGUGUACAAGCAGGGGGUGCAGCCCGUGCGCCGAGGUGGCCAGGACGCCUGGGUGCCCCGCGCCGACCUGGCCUGCGGCUGCCUGCAUCUCCGACCAGGCACCGACUACCUCCUGCUGGGCAGCGCGGCAGGCGGGCCCGACUCUGAGCGCCUCGUCCUCGACCGCCACGGCCUCGCGCUGCCUUGGAGGCCGCGCUGGGCCCGGCCGCUGCGGCGGCUGCAGCAGGAGGAGCGCGCCGGGCGUUGUCGCGGCCUGCAGCCUCCGACAGCGAGCCCCAGGCCCGAGCACUAG